AUGACCACCGAGACCGACACCCACAUCAAGUAUCUCCGCCUCGCGCUGGCCGAAGGCGCCAAAUGCGAACCCACACCAACGGCCUUCUGCGUCGGCUGCGUUCUCGUCACCCGGACACCCUCUGAGCUCAAAGUCCUCUCCACCGGAUACUCGCGCGAGCUUCCGGGUAAUACGCACGCAGAAGCGAACGCGCUCGCGAAAGCGCGCACCAUGACGCCAGCUGAGCUCGCGCAGUUCCCGUCACAGAAUAUCGACGAACUGCUGCGAGAAGCGGACUGCUACACGACGCUUGAGCCAUGUUCGGUGCGAACGUCGGGUCUGGCGCCGUGUGCAGAUGCUUUGGUAGCGGCGAAGAUCAGGCGGUGUAUCAUUGGUGUGGGCGAGCCGGACGACUUUGUCAAGUGCGAGGGUGCUCAGCGUCUCACCGACGCUGGUAUCGAGGUGAUCUGGGUGAAAGGUCUCGAGGAAGAGUGUUUGGCGGCUGCAAGAAGAGGGCAUUAG